AUGUCAUUUAGGAUCUCAAAACAAGAGCAGCAUCCAAUUGACCCGAACGCCGAAGCUGAAUACGUAGCCGAAGAGUUUUACUCUGAUGAUGAAGAUGGUAAUGAAACAUUGUUAGAAUGGGUAGUACGUCACACGAUAUCAUCACCAUAUGAUUACUACUUAUCAAUUAAUGAAGAUAUUGAAUUAAUAGAUUGGGAUAGUAAGGCAAAAACAGUUGCGCGUCCUUUGGGUAGUUUUUUGACAUUCCUGUUAUUUACUAUAAGAUUUCUACAAGACAAUCUAGUAAAACCAAAUUACCAAAGGAUAAAUAAAAAUAACGAUGGAUUUGAUUUAUCAAGAUCUAAAAAAAUUCAAGAAUAUGAAUACUUUGCUAAAUAUCAAACAGCCCGCUGGGACUCAAGUAACUGGCAUACGACGUCAUUAGGGGUGCUAGAUAAGAUUUUUAAGGUGAUGGUAAUGGUACUGGUUUUUCUAAAUGUUAUGUUGACUUACAGGUUUCUGUUUAGGUACUUCCAAUCGUAUUCGUUAUUUUAUUUGAAAGAACGCCCUAAGUCGAAUAAUGUAACUAAGAAAUCUAUACAUGAUUUAGCAUACAGGUAUGUUGAGGAUGUGUCUAGAGGAUCGCUUUGGUCCAUGUUGAAAUAUGUUUUCCGGAGGGAAAAAGCUCUACCUGAUGAGCAGGAUGACGAAUAUUACUACGAACUUCGGAAAUGGUCUCCCAAUUCCUUUUUAACGUCCUUAUUUGUAUCUUUUUCUCCAAUAUCGGUCGCUUAUCUUAUAUUUUUAGACGUUUCUUUCAUUUCGGCAAUACCAGCUAUUAUAAGUGAGUAUAUAUUCUGGUUUGUCAUUAUUAAUCGCUAUGAAGAUAGGAUAUUAGAUGAAAAAGCGGUGUUUAGAGGAAUCGAAGCAGAACUUGAUGCCAAGAUUUUGAAACCUAGUACCUCAGUAAAGACCCAGGAUGCAAUUGUUGAUGCAACACCCUAUGGUGAUGGAUUUGUUAGAUUUUACCCCUCUUUCACUACGACAAGGUGUAAGGUGUUUAGCACCUACUCUUUAAAUGGUGAAAUAGUGAAAGAAAAGUACAGUACUAAAACUCGCCGCUUUGAGGAUGUGAUAAAUGGAAAUGCAAUUAAUAGAAUUCAUAAUCACGAUGAAAGAUUUAAGGGUAAUGCACACCUAUCUCACAAAUACGCUGGAGCAGUCCCAAAUAAGUAUGUGAAUUACAUAAGGCAUGAGACCGCUGUGCCUAGAUACCUUAACCGAGGCUUUAUGUCUUCUUCAUCUGCCCCUUCAACACCCUUAAUGCAACAUGGUAUUAACCAAAAUCAAGCAGAUUAUUCUAUGAUGGGUAACGUUUCUAGAGGUGAUAAUAUAUACAAUGAUGUUUCCAGGAACGACACAUUAAGAGAUUACAGAAGACAUCAUUCAACCAGUCCGCUUAAAAGGGAUGUGCUGCACCCGUCAAUGGUCCUUCCAGAUGAAGGGCAUUCCCAUUUUCUACCUAAUCCCAUAGAAUUUGAACACUUCAUGAUGCAAGACAUGAUUAAUAAUGGCCGUAGUCCGGCUGCCUCAACCUGUAGUCACAAGCCUUCGAGAAAUAAUAGCGUGAGUCCAUUUAGGUUGAGUAGAAGAGGGUCUGUUGAAAAUAGACAGCAUUGA